AUGAAAUUGAAUCAAAAAUUGGAUCAACAAAAAACAACAACAACAACAACAUUAUCAUCUUUAUCUAUACAUCAAUUAGUAUUUGAAAAUAUGCAACAAACAGAAAUGAAAUUACUUGAAUUUAAAUUAAAAUUUAUUUCACAACAAGAACAAAAUGAUCUUUUAAAAUAUUUAAUGGAAAAAUCACAAAAUAUAUCAGAUAUUGAACAAACAAAAUUAUUUUCUAUUAUUCAACAACGUUCACUUGAACGUGAAAUUGAUCUUGUUCGUCAAGAACUUGAAAUUACAGAGAAAAAAACUAUUCAAUUUGAACAAACAUUUGAUAAUUCAGAUGAAGGAAUUAAAUUUCAUAUGGAAAAUCUUAAAUUAAAAUGUGAUAAUAAAAAUAUUCAACUUGAAUUUGAAUUAUUACGUUUACGUGAACGUUAUAAUGAAUUAAUUGAACAUACAAAUACACUUAAAUAUGAAUUAAAUAAUGCACAAAAACAAUUACAUGAAAAAGAAAAAAUUGAACCAAAUUUAAAUGUUGAUUUGGAAAAAGAACGACGACGUGCAGAUGAAUUUGAAAAUGAUUAUAAAUCUUUACAAAUAAAAUAUGAUGAUGUAUGUGAACGUAUUCGUAUAGCUACACAUCAAUUAGAACAUGUACAAAUUGUACUUGAAGAAACAUCACGUCGUUGUGAACAAUUAGAAAAAGAAAAGUCCGAAAUUAAUGCUCAAUCUGAAUAUCUUUCACAAAAUGUUCUUAAUGUAACUUCAAAAUAUAAAGAUAAAUUAAAUAUAAUUAAAGUUCGUUUAGAACAAGCAGAACGUGAAAGACGUGAAGUACAACUUCGUAAUGAAAAAUUUCAAAAUGAUAGACAACCAUUUGAUGUAAAAAAGUUUAAUAUGGUUUCAUCAUGUCAAUUUAAUUACUUUUUGAAUUGUUAA